AUGGCGACGACAAGCACUACACCAACGAUAGCACAGGGCGGGACGAGUUCACGCAGCCGAAACACAGCGGACGAGGCUCCUGUAGACUCACCCCCAGUAUUCGAGGAUAAUGGGAUGAAUAUAAAUGAGAUGGGCUCGGCAGUGGAGAUAUUGGAACAGCUAGAUGGUCAGACGAUCCGUGGUGGUGACGAGACCACGACGGCUGACAUUCUCGUAGUAUUCAAGCGCUGGGAGAUAUGGGUAAUUGUUUACCUCACCUCGAUCGCCGCUCUCUUUUCCCCGCUCAGCGCCAAUAUUUACUUCCCUGCCAUACCCGUCAUCGCCCAAGCGUUCAACGAACCCGUCGAGCUCAUAAACGUCACCGUAACGGUGUACAUGAUCCUUCAGGGGACGUCACCGAUGGUAUGGGGGAGCUUGGCAGAUUGGAAAGGAUGCGGGAGAAGACCGAUAUACCUUGCGUGCUUGCUCCUUCUGUGCUUGAGCUGCGUGGGGCUCGCGUUGACACCGACGACAGACUAUUGGCUGCUUGUCUUCCUCCGAUGUGUCCAAGCGGCUGGAAGUGCGAGCUCUGUUGCCAUCAGUGCUGGCACAAUAAUGGACGUAGCCGCGCCACAUGAGCGCGGCACGAUGCUCGCGAUGUCUUCCAUCGGUGCACUUGUUGCCCCCUGUAUCGGACCCGUGAUCGGCGGCCUACUAGCAGGUAACCUCGGCUGGCGUUCCAUCUUCUGGUUUCUCUGCAUCUGCUCUGGCGUCGUACUUUUGCUCGAAGCACUGUUUCUCCCUGAAACCCUCCGGACGAUCACGGGUGAUGGUAGUGUGCCGGCGCAGAAGUGGAACCGGCCAUUUAUUCCGGUGCUUUUGAGGGAUGUGCAAGAUGAAGGGAAGAGUCCCGACGCGGUCAGGGGGAGGAAUAACCCCAUCGAGAUUAUCAAGAGUUUUAGAAAUAUCGACCUUUGUAUCAUUCUCUGGUCAAACGCGGUUCCAUAUUCAGUGCUCUACGGCAUCCUCACGACCAUGUCACCCACCUUCUUGGCUGUCAUGCCCUCACUAACGGAAAUCGAUCUCGGCCUAUGCUACCUCUCCAUCGGUGCGGGCGGAAUUGCCGGUGCCCUCGGCAGCGGAAAGCUGGUCGAUUGGGACUUUCGAAGAGCCAAGAAGCUUGCAUUACAAAAGCAAGGGAUGAGGACCGAAGACGCCGCAGAGAAGGCGACCGAUAUAAAGGGAUCGAGCAAGUACGAGGGGAUAGAGUGUAUCGAGCGGACGCGAUUGAGGCUUAGCCCAGCGUACUGGGCUAGUUUCGUGGUGAUCGUGAUCGGAUACGGAUGGGCAGCGGAGAGGAAGGUGCAUAUUGCUUGCUUGUUGAUAUUGCAGUUCCUUGCCAUGUUCCAAGUGACUGCGAUAUUCACCCUCAACCAGACGUUGCUAAUGGACCUCUUUCCCGGACGCGGUGCCUCCGUCACGGCAUCGAACAACGUCGUCCGUUGUCUUACGGGUGCCGUACUCGUCUCUAUCGUGGAUUACAUCAUCAACGGUGUCGGGGUCGGAUGGACGUUCACAAUCCUCGGGGCGUGUCAUGCUGGAGAUGGCUUGGGGACCGAGAUGGAGGGAGAGGAGAGCGGUUAG